AAUAGGCUUUUCAUCAUCUUAUACAAGGAGCUUUACUAUCGUCAAGUGUAUGCGCGAAAUCAGCGUGGGCCAUCACUAGCGCACCGUUUUGAGUCGUUUAUGAACUACCAGGAUCUUUUCUCAGAAAUCCUGUCCAGCAAAGAUCCUGUAUCGCUGAGCCUCCCGAAUGUAUGGUUGUGGGAUAUUAUUGAUGAAUUUGUAUAUCAGUUCCAAGCUUUCUGUCUUUACAAAGCGAAUCCUGGAAAACGAAGCGUGGAUGAAGUUGAUGAACUUAUCAGUAUUGAGGAAGCGCAAAAUGCUUGGAAUAUCUACCCUGUUCUGAACAUUUUAUACUCCCUUCUAUCAAAGUCGCAAAUUAAUGAGCAAUUAGCAGCUAUCAGAGCUCGAAGGAAUCCUGAUGACGUCGCUGAUGAGUUUGGACAGUCGCCUUUGUAUUUCAAACUUGGAUAUUUCUCUCUAAUUGGGUUAUUGAGAACUCAUGUUCUCCUUGGAGACUAUCAUCAAGCUCUGAAGACGGUUGAGAAUGUUGAGUUCGAUGCCAAGGGAUUGUACAACACGGUUCCAUCAUGCCUUGUGACUUUGCACUAUUUUGUUGGUUUCUCACAUAUGAUGAUGCGAAACUAUGGCGAAGCAACGAAAAUGUUUGUAAAUUGUUUGAUGUUUAUUCAAAGAACGAAAGCGAUCCAAACUCAGCAGCAGAAGCAGAAGAACUUCCAGUAUGAUGUGAUUGGAAAAACCUACGAUCAGCUUUUCCAUUUGCUCGCCAUUUGCUUGGCCAUUCAACCUCAGCGUAUCGAUGAGUCAAUAGCAUCUCAACUCGCAGAACGAUGUGGUGACCGCAUGUCUCGCAUGGGCAAUGGAGAUUUGGACGAGUUCCGUCUUGCGUUCCAGAUGGGAUGUCCGAAAUUCCUUUCGCCAACUACCGUCGUCUAUGAAGGCUCAAAUCUCUCCAAGGAGCCGCUUCUACGUCAGUCGCAAGCGUUCCUUGAAGGCGUUGAAGCGCAGAUGGCGCUCCCUGUUUUGCGUGGAUACCUAAAGUUGUACACAUCUUUGCCGACGAAGAAACUGGCAUCGUUCAUGGAUGUCGACGAUAAGAACUACGACUCGUUCUUAGGAAAGUUAUUGACGUAUAAGAUGGUAGUCAAUGAACUCGGAAAGGAUACACUGGCGUCUUCAAAUGACGAUGAUGAACCGAAUACGGACAUUGACUUCUACGUCGAUAAGGAGCCGCUUCUGCGCCAAUCGCAGGCGUUCCUUGAAGGCGUUGAAGCACAGAUGGCGCUCCCGGUUUUGCGUGGAUACCUGAAGUUAUACACAUCUUUGCCAACGAAGAAACUAGCAUCGUUCAUGGAUGUGACGAUAAUAGAACUACGACUCGUUCUUAGGAAAGUUACUGACGUAUAA